ACUCACUUCCUUCUCGUUUUCUUCGCCGUCGACAAGCUCGCGCGCGCUUCUUCUAGCCCCCAAUCCCAGGCACACGGCACCAAACGACGAUCCCCGAGCGAUUAUUGAAUUAAUCGGGACGUCGUCAUGGAAACAUUAGCAAGCAGGCAUCGGAUGUCCAUCUGCCGCUCGGGAUGCAUGACGACACGCGACCCGCCGCAUAGCACAGCAAAGGAGCAAAAAAGUUUCAGACGAUGCGACCGGUGAAUGUCAUGCAUAUGCGGGAGAUGACGAUGGCGACAACGACAUAUGUGGCGACGGUGACAGCGCGCGCUCAAAGCCAGCCAGCUGUUGGCCGGUCAGAGCCUCACACGGACGUUGUCGGCGAUCAGCUGAACCUCCCGCAAUCCGCAAGCGCCGUUCACGCACAUAUCACAUGCAGUCCGAAAAUCCGAUCUAUGGUGAUCGGCCUCCUAUGCCUCUUGCGCAGCUAUAUUUCCGUCUGCUAUUGUUGUCCCUCCCGCACGCCCCCAAAAAUAGCAGAGAAAAAGCAAUGUCACACCAUCGUAUGCGGCAUUGCGACCUGCAUCGGGCUUGUGGGGCUGAAGCUUAAGAGUACGUCACCGCAAAGUCUACCACCGACUACCACGUACUGUACUGCAAUGCGACUCGUUUUGAUGCAUUUUGUGCUACAUCUAUCAAUGGAAACAGCUUGCGUGCCCUGGUGUCGCCCUUCUCAGAGCCAGUGCAGGUACGCAGCGCAAGGACCCGGCAGCGCCGCCUCCGCCUGUCACGCUCCCCGAGAGGAAAGAGCGCGUUCACGCGCGCCUUCGUCCGUGCUAUUCUCGAUGCUAAAAGCAAGGCUUGCUACAACAUCUCGCGCCACCAUCCACUGUGAACACUAUCCAGGCACCUAGGCACUGAGACACGCUCGUACGCAUCUGCUUUUUACAUCAAACCGCACGCGCAGAUACCGCUCAGCCCCACGCAGAUAAAUAAGCAGGCACGUGGAAUCACUAUACAUCAUCGUAGUUCUUUGAUAACCAAGGCCCAUCAACAACGUUUCACUGCACGGUGAACAGCAGUAUCAUCUAUAUCACACCCCACGCGCGCCGUCGUCAGAUCCGUGGCAUCCCCAGUGCACGUGUGUGUUCGUACAAUACUGUCUUCUGUAUCAAAUUGAUUGAAACGGAUUAUCGCCCCG